AUGUCGACGAAGCGUCUGGGAAUUAUCAACGAGCGCAUACGACGCCUACCUCUGGAGUUUGAGCGUAAGCGUAAUGAACUUGAUGAUCUUGUGCGUAAACACGAAGCCUUGUUGGAAUUGAAGCCUCUCAGCCAACAGCUCGACGAUUUGACAAAGAAUGAAAUUCCUCUCUUGGAAGCAAAUUUAGCACGCGACCAAUCCCUGUUUGAACAGGCGAUGAAGGCGAAAGACGAGGUAUCGAUUCUCUACUUUUAUUGUCUCACUGUUAUUUAUUGUAUUUACAUUGUUCAUUUGUUCAUAGCAGGACUGUUGCUGAAUUGUUUAAUUUGA